CUUAUCAACGGUAAGUAUUUCCUAUCGUAACAAAUGUAUCAAAAGCGAUAUUAAAAAAGACACAAUAAUGUUGAGGAGUAAUGUUAUAGCGUCAUUUGGAAUUAACAUGCCGGUCAUGUCAUGUCGGCGCUCUCUUACUCGUACUUACAGAAGACAAGAGCAGGGAGAUGAGCGCUCCGCUGCGGAGGAGAGCCGACAGCUCGAUACAUUGUUGCAAUCUCCGCACGAAGCGAACAAUAAACUGUUAUCGUCACACAAAUUUAUUGAAACUCGAUAAAGUGUUUACGUUUGUCGAUAAAAUAUAUCAAUACACUUUUGUUUCUUUUUUAAAAACAGUGUAACUGAAAUGUGAUACAAUACCGGGAAUAUUCCAACAAAUGAAAAUGUUACUUCUCCUGUUCAUUUCGUGUGAAGUGUUGAGAUGCGCGAUCCCGGCGAUGGCAUCUACCACCGUGCUGGCCGAGGGGGGCGACACCUCGCUCAUGACAUUGUUCCUGAAGAACAUUCUGAACCUGGGCUUGGGCUCGGCGGGCGGCUCCCCCGCGAGCCCUGGGCCCACGCCCGCCGAACCGAACACGAGGACGUGCGACAAGAACAUCAUUCGCGCCUUUAUAGACGUGAAGGUGAAGGAGCUGAAGCCGUUCCUCCAGGACGACGAGUAUAUGGAGGAGGAGGGCGCGGAGGGCGGGGACACCGCCAUCGUGCAGCCGGCGGGCGAGCAGCAGCAGCUCGAGUGGCAGAAGAUACGAGAAAAAUAUUCGGAUCUAUUCCGGGGCAACGAGUCCGUGCCACAGGAGCGGCUCAACGAGAUCGUCGGCUCGCUCAUGGAGAAGUUGCCCUCCUUCUUCGCCAACGUGGUGCGGGAGGGCGAGGCGCUCGCCGAGGGGUACGGCAUCAGGUGCGAGCGGCUGCGCGUCGGGCGCGCAGGGCCGGAGGUGGAGGCGGAGGUGGAGGUGGAGGCGGAGGCGGAUGGGAGGUGCGGGGAGGCGCUGGGGGUGUGCUCGGGCGAGCUGCGCAGGUUCCUGGUGCGGCUGUUCAAGGCGGUGAACGAGAGCAGCGCGCGCGUGCUGCAGGACUACCUGGAGAUGUACAAGGUGGACGUGAACAUCGACCGCGUGCUGGGGAGGCGCGGCAUCCUCGACACGCUGCGGGACAUCAACCGCGAGGCGGAGGCCGAGGUCUGCAAAAUCUACGCAAAGAAAAUACAAAGCCUCGUCAUAAACGAGGGCAAGAAGCGCGGCCUGCGCGCCGCUCAUUUGACUGAUUUGAUAAAAAAUAUAACGGAAAACGUGAAAAUGCACACGAAUCAAAUCAUACGAGUGCAAAUGGAGCCCAUCGACACGGAACUGAAGGAGAGGAUUUUAAAAGACUUGGAUGACAACAUGAGAGUGGAGCUGGACCGGCUGGCGCGCGACCUUGAGCACACCAUCUGCUCCGCCUUCGCCACCUGCAACGGGCACUACACCGUGCGGCGUGCUGGUGCUGGUGGUGGUGGUGGUGGUGGUGGUGGUGGUGCGGGGGGCGGGCGCGGCGUGUUCGUGCGCGUGCAGCUGCAGCUGGAGGAGCGGCCAGCACGCGCCCCGCGCCGCACCGCAUCAGCGCUACGACACUCGGGCAACUACACAAGGCCGAUACAAAUUAAAUAUUCAACGUUUGACAGAAAGAUUUACGACAUGAAAUUAUUAAAUGUAACGAGAACGACUAGAUUUUAUAGUCAAAAUGGCAAUACAAAAAUUACUCAGUAA